AUGGGGGAAGCUGACGGGGACGAGUCGGCUCCGACAAAGGGGCAAUCGGAUGCGGCACCAGCCGCUACGACGUCAUCUUCGUCUUCGAUGAGCGAUGUUCCGGCGAAGAAGCUUGCGAGGCAGCUGGAUUUCACGGGAUUUGGUGGCGCACCGGCGAGUGUGGCCGUGCCGGAGCUCCCUAAACCGCAACUGGCGACCGUGUCAGUGCAACAGAGUCAGCCAAAGCCACCUGUAGUGUCUGUGCCGGUACCCGUUCCACCGCAGCCGCCCAUAUCUUCAGUGAGGCCUGUGAAACCAGAAUCCCCAAAAUCAAGACCAAGACCCAAUGUUGAUGCAAAAGAUGGUACUCCUAAGAAGCAAAAACAGUGUAAUUGUAAACACUCUCGCUGCUUAAAGCUGUAUUGUGAGUGUUUUGCAUCUGGAAUUUACUGUGACGGUUGCAACUGUGUAAACUGUUGCAAUAAUGUUGAAAAUGAAGGUGCUAGGAGAGAUGCAGUUGAAGCUACAUUAGAGCGUAAUCCAAAUGCAUUCAGGCCAAAAAUUGCAAGUAGCCCUCAUGGACCAAGGGAUACUCGGGAGGAAGCAGGUGAGGUUCUGAUCUUGGGAAAGCACAACAAAGGAUGCCAUUGCAAGAAAUCAGGGUGCCUGAAGAAAUACUGUGAAUGCUUCCAAGCCAACAUUCUCUGCUCUGAGAACUGUAAAUGCAUAGACUGUAAGAACUUUGAGGGAAGUGAAGAGAGACAAGCUUUAUUCCAUGGGGACCAUGGAAACAACAUGGCAUAUCUUCAACAGGCAGCAAAUGCUGCCAUUACAGGAGCUAUUGGAUCCUCUGGCUAUGCGUCAUCACCCCCAAUAUCCAAGAAAAGAAAAGGUCAGGAACUCUUUGGACCGACAGCCAAGGAUCCAUCAAUUCACAGGAUUGGACAGUUCCAACAGGGAAACCAUAUCAGACCCCCUGCUCCCUCUUCUCUGGCUUCGGUCCCUGUUAAUCGUCUUGGUGGUACUGCAGGAUUAGGGCCUUCUAAGUUUACAUACAGGUCUCUCCUAGCAGACAUCAUACAACCACAGGACUUGAAAGAGCUUUGUUCAGUUUUGGUUGUUGUAGCAGAAGAAGCUGCAAAGACACUUGCAGAACAAAGGAAUACAGCAGAGAAGCCGACAGAGACUUCCCUUGCUUCAACGACACAAGAUAGGUUGCAAAGCCAAAAGGAAUCUGAUGCUCAGAAAGCUGUGGCUGAUGAUUGUUCUAGUGCAAAUGAGGCUGAUAAAAUCAGCCCUGAUGAUUCCAAUUCAGAUGGUGCUGAUGUGCCCAAAGGGAGGCCAAUGUCUCCUGCAACUUUGGCAUUGAUGUGUGAUGAACAAGAUACAAUGUUCAUGUCAGCUGCUUCUCCUAAUGGAUUAAUGGGCGAUCGCUGCAACACAUCUUCACAGUUGCCUAAUGGACAAGGAAUGACAGAGGUCUAUGCAGAACAGGAAAGGAUUGUUUUGACGAAGUUCCGAGAUUGUCUUAAUAGGCUCAUUACUUUUGGAGAAAUAAAAGAAACAAAGUGCUCAUCAUUAGCCCGGAGUGAAGCAGAAACUCAAAAAGAGCAGCCCAGCAAUGGCAGUACAAAGGCAAGAAUGGAAACAGGAAAUCAGCAGGGACCAGUUAGCAAUGGUGUAGCAAAACCUGCUGUUCCACUCACGGCCAAGACGACAACACCACAUAUGGUUGCUGCGUUAGCCGUUAGUAAAAGUCCCUCCCAUCCGGAAAAUGGAGAAAGUAGACCGAAAGAUUAA